AUGCAAGACCCAAGAGACCAACCUCGAGACAUUGCGCGCUCGCGCUACUCGCCCCCCGACCGCUCGCCCGGCGAGGCUCCUCACUCGAUCCCCAUCCCCAGCCACUACAAUGGCGGGAGUUUGGAACGCUCGCCUCGCCCUCCCCCUUCGCCAAGCAGCUCGCGCUCACCCAGCCAGUCAAGCCUCAACUCGUAUCGCGAUCGUGCUCACCCGUACUCGCAAUACCAACGGCGCUCGAGUUUGACCCAGGGCGCCGAGGACCGUUUUCUUCCCCCGCCAAACAGCUCAGCCCCGCUGCAUGUCCUGCACGAGGGUCGCCGCCGUUCAGGCAGCGACGAGGAGCGGCACCCCCAUCACGAGCGCACGCACAGCUACGACCGGGAGCGUGAGCGCGAAUGGCGCGACCACCGCCCGCCUCUCGUCCGUGCACAAAGCGACAACCGCGGUGUAGCAUACAACCUCCCGCCUAUUUCGUCACUGCACUCGGCAUCGUCGUCCUCCAGUCCCUCAGGGUAUCCUCUGACGCCGACGAGUAAUGGUGCCGCCCCGCCUCCCGGCGCCCCGAUGGGCCCUCCCUCCGUGCCCCACCCGACGUCGCCAGACGGAUCGCGUGCGACGUCCCCACGCCUGUCGUUAGGACCCCUUCGCCCUUCGUACCACACCUACGAAUCGAGCUCGCAGCGCCCCGGCCUCGGCCUCCAGAACUGCUACCGCACGGAACACAGUCCGCCGCGCUACGACCGUGAACGUGAGCGUGACCUCGCGCCGCCGCCGCCGCCGCAGCAGCAGCAGCCACAGCCACCCCGCUCGCCGCCUAGGGCAUACCAUCAAGUCCAGUACCAGGACUACCACGGUCGGGCGCGCUCCCACUCGGCAGCAUCGGCGUUGAAUCGGUACCCGCCCCAAGCGCCGCCCCGCACUCCAGCCUCGGAGAGCGAGUGGGCCCCAUCCCCCUCGGCCAAACAGUACCCGUCUCCUGGCACAGGCCAGAACCGGCGACUGGCACACUUGAUGAGUGAACAGAAGCGGCGAGAGUCGAUCAACACUGGUUUCCAGUCACUGCGGAAUGCGCUCCCGUCUGCAAUCCCGACCGACUCGAAAGCCAUCAUCCUCCGCAAGGCCGUGAGCCACAUCAAGCAGCUUGAGGACGCGAUGCGCAAACACGGAAUCAACCUGGCCGAUGUGGAAGAGGACGAGCCUAUGCGCGAGGCGACCGGGGGUGUGAAUGGCCUGCAUGUCGACAUGGACGCCAAAUACGACAACCUGCACGUAGAGGACGUUUCGGUUGAACGUGAACGCAAGCCCGCAAUCUGA